AUGUCCGGCAAGUGGCAUCUCGGCCUGACUCCCGAACACUCCCCAUACGCGCGCGGUUUCGACCGUUCCCUCGCCCAUCUGCCCGCCUGUUCCAACCACUACGCCUACGAGCCCCAGCUCAAGAGCGACGACGAGACCCCCACCUUCCUCGAGGCUAGCUACAUCGCCCUCCACAUGGAGGACGACAAGUAUGUGAAACAACUCCCUGAGGGCUGGUACUCAUCAGACGGCUAUGGUGACAAGAUGGUCGACUAUCUCAAGGACUGGCACGAGCGCGAGGGCGAGGAGCGGCCCUUCUUCGCCUACCUGCCCUUCACUGCCCCCCACUGGCCGCUCCAAGCCCCCCGCGAGUACAUCGACCACUACCGCGGCGUCUACGAUGACGGUCCUGAGGCGCUGCGGCAGAAGCGUCUCCAGCGCUUGAAGGAGCUUGGCAUGGUUCGCGAGGACGUCGAGGCACACCCAGUCGUCGACGACGAGAUCAAGCCGUGGGACGAGUACACCCCCGAGGAGAAGAAGCUCUCGUGCACGGCGAUGGAAGUCUUCGCCGGCAUGGUCGAAUGCAUUGAUACCAACGUCGGCAAGGUGGUCGACUACCUCGCAUCCAUCGACGAGCUCGACAACACCUUCGUCUGCUUCAUGUCCGACAACGGCGCCGAGGGCGCCGCCUACGAAGCCUACCCGCUCGUGCAGAGCGGCGUCAUGCCGCACCUGCAGAAGUACUACGACAAUUCGCUGGAGAACCUGGGCAACGGCAACUCGUUCAUCUGGUACGGCCCGCGCUGGGCGCAGGCCGCCACCGCCCCGUCCCGCCUCUACAAGGCCUACACCACCGAGGGCGGCGUGCGCGUGCCCUUCCUCGCCCGCUUCCCCACCUCCGUCACCGUCGCCGACCACGCUCGCAACGGCGGCAUCACGGACCAGUUCGCCACCGUCAUGGACCUGGCCCCGUCCAUCCUCGACAUGGCCGGCGUCUCGCAUCCAGCCCCCUCCUACAAGGGCCGCGAGAUCGUGCCUAUGCGCGGCCGCAGCUUUUACCCCUGGGUGCGCGGCGACUCCCCCCGAAUCCACGACCAGGACUUCAUCCAAGGCUGGGAGACCUGCGGCCGUGCCGCCCUCCGCUUCGGCGACUGGAAGAUUGUCUACAUCCCCAAGCCCAAGGGCCCUGAGCGCUGGCAGCUGUACAACCUCGCCGCCGACCCGGGCGAGAUCCACGAUCUGGCCGAGGCGGAGCCCGAACGGCUGAAGAAAUUGCUCAAGCUCUGGGAUCAGUACGUCAUCGAGACCGGCGUCAUCCCGCUCAACCCCGACCUGGGCGACUUCAUCGAGGCCACCGAGGCCCAGAUGCCCGAGAACGCCUGGAUGGAGUACGACUACUGGAAGAAGGGCGCGCGCGACGAGCCCGAGAAGUUCAUGCGCAAGCCGCCUCGUUUCCAGCGCGUCGUCAAGCAGUUCUAG